GCGGAAUCUGUCAGUGAGUGACUCUUUCGCUGGCGCACUCUCCUACGGAAAUUAAACACAUUGCGUUUUUCGGGGUGGAGUGACCGCCUCCCGCGGAAUCUAGGUCGCCGCCGAGCGCAGUGAGGAAGAGGAAGAGGAAGAGCACGGGGCCGGACUACGCUGUGGGCCGCCGGGCGUGGCACGAGCGCGAGAGACUGGACCCCCCACCCCGCCCCGCUCUGCCCCUCCCCCCACGCUAACGAGGAGCGUCGCCCCCCGACUCACCCAACCCGCUGGGACCCCUCCGUUCCUCCUCCCCGCAGUGGCCCCCAGCGACACCCCCACCACAAUGAGCUCCCACAACCACCCAGAUGGACUCCCCAGUACAGACCAACCCUUGGAGCUGCUGAAGCCAUCUGGACUGAACCACAUUCCUUCUGUGGAUGUGAGCGCGGCCCUGCCCCUGCCACUCCCCCCAGCCGCCAUCCCCAUGGACCUGCGUGUGGACCAGCAGUUCGGCCUGGCCCCGGCCGAGCCCAGCCCGCGUGAGCAGCAGCUGCAGCAGGAGCUGCUGGCCCUGAAGCAGAAGCAGCAGAUUCAGAGGCAGCUCCUCAUCGCUGAGUUCCAGCGCCAGCACGAGCAGCUAUCCCGCCAACACGAGGCCCAACUGCAGGAGCACGUCAAGCAUCAGCAGGACAUGCUGGCCCUGAAGCAUCAGCAGGAGCUGCUGGAGCACCAGCGUAAGAUGGAGAAACACCGUCAGGAGCAGGAGCUGGAGAAGCAGCACCGCGAGCAGAAGCUGCUGCUGCUGAAGAACAAGGAGCGCGGCCAAGAGAGUGCAGUGGCCAGCACGGAGGUGAAGAUGAGACUGCAGGAGUUUGUGCUGAAUAAGAAGAAGGCCUUGGCACAGAGAAACCUUAACCACUGCCUGCCUGCCGACCCCCGCUUCUGGUAUGGGAAGACCCAGCACAGCUCACUGGACCAGAGCUCCCCGCCGCAGGGAGGGCUGGCCGCCUACAACCACCCGGUGCUGGGGGUGUACGACCCCAAAGACGACUUUCCUCUCCGCAAGACCGCGUCGGAGCCCAAUCUGAAGCUGCGCUCGCGGCUGAAGCAGAAGGUCACGGAACGGCGGAGCAGCCCCCUGCUGCGCAGGAAGGACGGGCCGAUCACCACCGCCAAGAAACGCUCCCUCGACAUGGCGGAUUCUGCGUGCAACAGCGCUCCUGGUUCCGGUCCAAGUUCUCCCAACAACAGCUCCAACAACAUCACUAACGAGAACGGGAUCACAGGGAACAUCUGCAACGUUUCUGGGGAGCCGUCUCUGGCCCGCAGGCUGGGCGGCCAGGAGGCUCCGAUGAGCCAGCUGUCCCUCUACACCUCCCCCUCCCUCCCUAACAUCACCCUGGGGCUGCCUGCCACCGGCCCCUCCAGCCCAGGGGUGUCCAGUCAGCCGGACGGGGAACGCUUGGCCAUGGCUGGCCUGCCCAUAACCACGUCCUUCAUUCCGGGGGCCCACCUGUCCUCCUACCUGGGGUCCCCAGCCUUGGAGCGGGAGGGGGGCGCUGCACACAACCCACUCCUGCAGCACAUGGUGCUUCUGGAACAGUCCGCCGCCGCGCAGAACGCUCUGGUGCCGGGCCUGGGGGGCCUCCCCCUGCAGACCCCCUCCAUCCAUAAGCUGCGGCAGCACCGGCCCCUGGGCCGUACGCAGUCGGCCCCGCUGCCCCAGAACAGCCAGGCCCUGCAGCAGCUCGUGGUGCAGCAGCAGCACCAGCAGUUCCUGGAGAAACACAAGCAGCAGUUCCAGCAACAGCAGCUCCACAUCAGCAAGAUGAUGGCCAAGCCCAGCGAGCCGGGCCGGCAGCACGAGAGCCACCCGGAGGAGACAGAGGAGGAGCUGAGAGAGCACCAGGAGGGGCUCCCGCGCGGCGUUACCAUAAAACAAGAGCCCCUGGAGGACCCAGAGGAGGACCCGCUGCAGCAGAGAGAGAGACAGGCCGAGCAAGAGCUGCUCUUCAGACAGGUGAGAGGCACUCACACUCACACACACUCACACACACACACUCACACACACUCACACACACUCACACACACACUCACAGUCACACACACCCACACUCACACACACACACACACACACACACUCACACACACUCACACUCACUCUCACACACACACACACAUCACCCCACACUCUCACUCCCCCUGCGAUUCCCCAGAUCACCCUGCAGAGGGAACUGAGCUGGCCUGCUCAGUAACACCCAUUGUUUGUGCGGUUGCCUGUGGGGGGGUAGGGGUGGACAGUGACACAAUCUGGAACGAGGUCCACUCCUCCAGUGCAGCCCGCCUGGCCGUGGGCUCCGUCAUCGAGCUCGUCUUCAAAGUGACGUCCGGAGAGCUGAAGAACGGCUUUGCUGUGGUGAGACCACCCGGACACCAUGCAGAGGAGAGUACUCCUAUGGGCUUCUGCUACUUCAACUCUGUGGCCAUCGCUGCCAAACUCCUGCAGCACCGGCUCAACGUCAGCAAGAUCCUCAUCGUGGACUGGGACGUUCACCACGGCAACGGAACCCAGCAGGCUUUUUACGGCGACCCUAACGUCCUGUACCUGUCCCUCCAUCGCUACGACGACGGAAACUUCUUCCCUGGCAGUGGAGCUCCAGACGAGGUGGGCAGUGGGCCAGGUGUGGGGUUCACUGUCAACAUGGCCUUCACCGGGGGUCUGGAGCCCCCCAUGGGAGACGCAGAGUACCUGGCAGCUUUCAGGACUGUAGUGAUGCCCAUCGCUAACGAGUUCGCCCCUGACGUGGUGCUCGUCUCCUCUGGAUUCGACGCUGUGGAGGGGCACCCGCCCCCCCUCGGAGGAUACAAACUGACAGCCAAAUGCUUUGGCUACCUGACCAGGCAGCUGAUGGGAUUGGCGGGAGGCCGUGUGGUGCUGGCUCUGGAGGGAGGUCACGACCUCACCGCCAUCUGCGAUGCCUCGGAGGCGUGCGUUUCUGCGUUGCUGGGCAACGAGCUGGAUCCUGUCCCGCCAGAGGUUGUGCAGCAGAGACCCAAUCCCAACGCCGUGCGCUCCAUAGAGAAGGUUCUAGAGGUCCAGAGUAAAUACUGGCGCUCGCUGCAGCGCCACGCCUCCACGGUGGGGUACUCCCUCAUGGAGGCUCAGAAGUGUGAGACCGAGGAGGCGGAGACAGUCACUGCCAUGGCCUCACUGUCCGUGGCCAAUCAGCUGGAGAAGCGGCCGGAGGAUGAGCCAAUGGAGGAGGAGCCUCCGUUGUAGGAGCAGAGGGAGCUGCUCUGACCUCCCCACAGAGGCCCCCUGAGCCUCCCUGCCCACCACCCCUCCCUGCCCGUUACAUUUUUAGCCCCUCUGUCCCGCCUGCACCCCACAGGCUGCGUCCCAGCCGGGUGACGGGCGAGACGUCCGGGAGAGGGGUGCAAGACGGGCCCAGACUAACCCGAUAAGGCCCCGCUCUAGCCCGGUCGGCGGGGGGACGUUUAGGGUGGGCCCCGCGGCAGGCCUGGGGCGAGGCUGCGCCCCGGAGGGUUUGUUUCUGAGUGGGACAGGGAACCGUCCCACCCCACCGCGGCUCCAGGGACCAGCGGUCUGGUGCGGUCUCCAGGUCUGAUUGACAGGUCUGGCUGUCAAUCACACAGCUGUGUUUUUUUUUUUUUCCUUUUGUUCCAUUUUUAAAAAAUGUUUUCUUAAAAAAAAAAACUAAAAACAAAGACAACAACAGACCUUUAAAAAAUGGAUUUCAUUCUGUUCGUAAAAUUUCGUAGUUACUGCUUGAAGAACACACUGACACAAAAACAUAAAGACUUUGCUGUGAACGUUUGAAAGGACGAAGCGUGAUACCAGGCUUUUUUAGGAGGGGGAGGAGCAUGACGAGUUUGCGGGGGGACCAAGCCUCUGGUUCCAGUUUGGAAGCAUUCGAAAGAUUCAGAGUUUGUGCCUUUUUUUAAAACCUGGUGGAUUUUGAAUUCAGAAGAACAUUGCCUUAAACAAGUUUGCGUACCCGAGCGACCCUUUUUUUUGUUGUUAUUGUUGUUGUUGUUGUUUUAACCCCCCCUUUUCAGCCACGAGAUGGGAAGAGCCAGGCAGUGACAGUGUAACGGACAUAGGAGGACAGGAGGAAAAAGCCCACUGCUGUGGUGUAGACGUUCCCACAGUCUCCCAACGUCUCUCAACUUUUCCUUUCCUUCUGUUGUUUUCUGUUUGUUUGUUUUUUUUUAUCUAAGCGAAAAGGUUUGUAAGGUAGUUGCCAGCUAUACAGUGGCAAACAUUGUUGGAACAAUUUUUAAUUGAAUUCCGCAGUGCUGGCGAAGAUUGCCUAAUGUAGCUACCCGUUUUAACCCUUGACCAAAUGAAUAUCAUUUUAAGAGUUAAAAAGCAUGUACUGUACUAGAGCGACUUGCCAUUUGCAAAAUUAGAAUGCUGUUCAAAAAUAGUAGUAAAAUAAAAAAAAAUAAUAAAUAAAAAAACCAAAGCAUGAGUUAGCUUCCAGCUCAGUUUCGCGCCACUAGUUACUGCAAGCUUAAGAGGUUGGGAUGUUUGCCUUAGUCAAAGUGACUUUUCACACAGAGUGCGUAGUUUUUGCAUAAAAGGUUUGAGCCACUUACAGUACUUAAAAGCUUUUUGAAGAACUGUCAUCUGAUUAAAACGGUUGUAAUCACAAACCGUCACAUAACACAGUUAACGUCUUGAUAAAGAUCUUUGAAAUAAAUCAUCUGGGUGUCAGUCUAAAA